CCGACCACGACGAUGAGCUCGUCCUUCGCCCCCUCUGGCGACCACAGCUUCUUCUCGACUCUCAAAUUCUCCUCUGGCUCCUCGACGCUCGUCACGACGCGCCUCGUCGCCGUCCCUGCGUCCCAAGAACACCAUGCAAGCGCUCCGACGAUCAAGGUAACGGCACAAGAGGCCCACUCGUCGACCUCACGCGAACAUCUCGCGUUGCCGAAGCGGAAAAGCCCUGACGACCUCGCGCGCAAGGUUGUCAAGAGGCGACGCGUCUCGCCACCCAGCAAUGAUCCUACCGAACCGGCCUCGCGAGCUUCCUCUCUAACCUCUGUGUCGAGCCGUCAAACUUCACGAGCAUCGUCGCUGCUCUCCGCGGACUACGCGUCUUCGCCCAGUACGCGGGCGACGUCGGUGGCGAGCGUUGCGUCUCCGGUGACGCCACCGCGGGAAUGCUGGAUAGACGAGAACGGAAAACCGGGUCCUGGCUUUCUCAGCUCGGAGGUUGUCGUGCGGAACCUGAUGAAGGGCUAUGUAUCAUCGCGUCAUCUNACGCAUCAUACCUCUCAAUUUCGUCGCAAUCCUCGUUCUCCGACUCUUCCAUAUCCUCCGCGUCCUCGCUCUCCUCCGUCUGCGCCCUGUCCUCGUACGCCAGGAAAGACUCGCCCGACUCGGAGCCGCACGUAGAUUACCUCCGUCUCCUCCAGCGGGCGAUCAAAAGCGCGACGGGCCGAUGUUCAUGAAAGUCAUGAGCGCAAUCAACGCGCUCCUGUCCCUGCUCAAGUAUCCCCCGCUCCCGCUGGACCCGUUUGACGCGCCCGCUGCCAACCACCUCGGUGUAACGGUGCGGGGGUGGCAGCGCAUACCCACAAACGUGGUGCACCGCAUCGCUGACGAGACGUACCAGCGUGCCGUCGGGCCGCACAUCGACGUCCUGAAGCGGUACGAGGCGUUCUCGUCCGAAGUGUACGGCGAGCUCAUGCCGACGUUCGUUUCGGACGUCAUCCGUGCGACGGGCCUGCAUGGGGGUUCUCUAUUUCUCGACAUGGGGUCGGGCGUAGGGAAUGUGGUGAUGCAGGCGAGUCUAGAGACGGGGUGCCGGAGCUACGGGAUCGAAAUUAUGCCCGGUCCUGCGCAGAUCGCGCGGAGCCAACUGGAGCAGUUCAAGACGAGAUGUCGGAUGUGGGGGGUGAGGAUGGGCGAGGUCGAGCUGGAGGAGGGGGACAUGUUGAAGAGUGCGAAGGUGGACGAGCUGGUGAAGAGUGCGGACGUAGUACUGGUGAAUAACAAGGUCUUCCUGGAGCCGCUCAAUGAGGCACUGAGGCAGAAGUUCCUGGACUUGAAGGAGGGUGCGAUCGUCGUCUCUCUCAAGUGCCUGAUGGGCUCUGGAAGGUCCGCCGCGCGAGAACGGAGCGCCUCGCCAGCACUCAAAGAACGCAACCUGGACGACAUUAGUGAGAUCUUCACCGUCACCGCGCGGCCGUAUUACCCCGGCAGCGUUUCGUGGGGCGGCGCUGGAGGAGAGUACUUCCUGCAGCGGAUGAACCGCGAAGACUAUGCGCGGAGGAAGAUGCUGUUUGAGAGCUCGCGGGCGGGCUCUGGGAGGGUCACGCGAUCGCGAAGGUGACAAGUCCUUCGCCUUGCCUUUGACUUGGGGACUCCGAUAUUCUGUCGCUAUCUGAGGGACUCUGGACAUGAACGUCACGCAUCUGGACGCGCUCGGUACAGGUGAACAUAUCUUGGGACAACGCCUUUGUGUUGCUCAGGUUCUGCUGCUUGAUCUUCGUCCUCAGCCGUGACUUUGUGCAAGCAUCCGUCCGUUGACAUUGUCUGCCCCCAGUGCUUCCCCUCCCCCUUAUUGUAGUCUGUCAACACUAGUAGUUAGAACCUUGACUUUACACCCCGUCAGUCGCAUCGUACAUCUCUGCUCGUUCACAUCCAUAUUGC